AUGGCUACAGGCACACCAAACAAGGGCUCCUGCCAUCGUAGAAGUGUCCGCACAAUAUGGCUAGGACCGUUUUUCACUGGGUUUCAAGGCCCGGUGGUCUGGCUAGGGAGAGACUCGGAGGUGAUUGGCCAUCUAUCGUCAAUAACAGUACUCAGCACAUUCUUAGAAGCGCCAAAACUUCCAAAGCUGCAUGAACGAGUUUACAUCAAGGGAGGGAGAGAAAGUGCAGGUGUUCACGCCUCUGCAACAUGGUGUUAUGGCAUCACUGGUGUCACGAUUGAUAAGGGUACGAAACUUCUACUAGUGCCUACGAAUGCCGCAUUGUUGAAUUGUGACAGGACUCGGAGAAGUCGGAGGCAGACAUCUUCGGGAUAUCAUGAAAAAGGGAGCUGGGAAGAAAGGAUUUUCUUACCUGUCUCCGUCUCCAGUGGUAUGUGUGGCUCCCGCAAGGUGGAGCAUGCAAAGUGGUUCGAGUGCAUUCUCUGGGAUUCCAGUGUAUCCUGGCGAGGUAGCUUCAUGUCCACCCCAUCCUCUGGUACGGAGAACGAGAAUCAGAGGGACGGCAGGUCAUUCGUCGCAAAGCAAGGGAACUCACGCAACAAAAUAGCCUCGUCGAUUCAUGUCACGGCAUCUAUGGCAGGUGGGAGAUGGACCAUACUCGACGACCAAGUUCGUGCAAAGAUCGACAAAACCCUGGUGUGGUCGAGCACAGGCAUUAAUGUCGAUUGGGCGUUCAGAAAAGACAGUCAUUGGUUCCGGAAGGCACCCUAUUGCCUAGCAGGAACAGCAAAGCAAGCGAAUUCAGCCGGAUUGACAGCAAAUGAUAGACCACAAUCUGAAAACCAUCCGAAAAUGCGGGGGAUCGGUGCCGCAUCCCAGUUAAUCUAUCUUGCUGAUCAGAUGCCUAAGGAAAUCCACACAAUCUGGGAAUUUUCAAAUAAUACCAGUUUGCAAAUUCUGGAUGAGGAUGUGCAUACUCCAUUUCUAUGCCCUCAUGUCCCAGCGGAUUUCAGGUACUACGACCAAAUAGAAGGGAGAGACAACACUAAUCCUCUUGAUAACAAAGACCGCCGGCAGAGUCAGGAAGAUGUGGCGGCAAUAUUUGGCUUUGUCCGUGACAGCUUUGCCUCCUCAGGAAAGCCCGCUUACUCGACGCAGCCUUCCAUGACAGGUUUGCUCCGAAGACAAGAUGCCAACGUGCCAUGUUCCUGCCAAGGUGACACGACGAACAUCCGAAAAAGCGCCAAGUUACUGGAUCUUGCCUGCGAGCAACCCUGUACGACAGAUCCUCAAACCAUUCAUAAAACCUGGGAAUCGUCAACAACGAAGACCAAAUUGAAGGACAGCAGCGGCCAGCCGUUCCUUCGCAUAGACGGCAGUGGCGCAGAGAAAAGCCCACGCCAGGACCUGGGCUAG